AUGUUUCUGGAAAUCGAGGAAAGUUUUGUGGUCUUCGUCACUGAGAAAACAUCCCGAUUUCUCGCGCUUUGACUUCCCUCUGUGUGCCGAGUUCUCCGUCCUUCUGUCCAUUGCCCCUGGUCCAUGCAUUCUCUGCCGUGACGCGCGCCUUUCCUUCUGCCGUUCUCGAUCUUCCUUCUGCACACAAAGGAGUGAAGAACGCAAAGACUCAGAAAAAGAGAAAGACUCAAGGACGGAGACAACAGAGGCGUUCGCGAACAAUGUUGCUGUCGGUGCUGGUCGGCCUUGCAUGCAUCUUCGCUGCCUGGAGGCUUCUUCUCUCGCCGGCCCUCUCAGCCUCGGGGCGCCCAGCAGUUGCCGAGGAAGAAGCGAAAGCUGUCUCCUCCACGGCAAAGGAAAAGAAAAACAAGCAUCGACACCAUGGCCAGUCUCACUCAUUCGGUCAAAAGAAAAAGAGUGGAGACCAAGAGGCCUCAAAAACCACGGGCGGGGGGUCUGCGCCGGGAAAGCACCCGCUGCAUGCGGACGUCCUCAAAGGCAUUUCCAAGUUCUCAACGGCAGCGGCUGUCUCUUCAGACGGAACGGUUGCAGCUGUCGCCGGGAGCGAUGCGACCCUACACAUGUUUGAUCUCUCUGGAGGUGUAGCGCCGAGGGGGUCUCCUCAGCCUCCUCGGCCUCACAUCGUCACACGCGUCCAAGGCGAGGCUCUCAGUGCCAUCGACUUCCUUCCUCUCUCUGGCGGAAGAAUCCGAAUUGCUGGCGCCUUAGAAAACUACCGACGACUGGUGAUCUUCGAGCUCCAGAAAACCGAUGCGGACAAGAGGAAGACGCUCGUGGAGACGUUCCGAGGAGACACCCCCCUGCAGCGGAAUCGCGUGCGGUGGCUAGUUGCCUCCAAGGGGGAGUGGAUUUGCACUGCUUCUGAGGAAGACGACACAGAGAUCAGAGUCUGGGCUCCGUCCGGUGAACUUCUGGCUUCGGUGGACACAAAACAAGUGCAAGCGUUUCAAUUCGCAUGCAGUCCCUACGAUGGACGGUUCCUCGGAUGUGCGGCGUGGUCCCCAGGCGUGAAGCUGUAUGAAAUCAAACGAAAAAAUGGCAUUUUUGUCAAGAUGGAGAAGGCCAUGGAUCUGCGGACCUCGAAAGGUACCAAGUGUCUGGCAGUUUCACCGGACAAUACGCGCGCCGUUACCCUGGACAAGAGCGGCGAGCUGACUCUGUGGGACAUCAGCGUUCGCUACUUUGUUUCAGAGGACCCGAAGCGUCUCCUCGCUGUGCCCAACGCCCUGGAGGCGCCGUGUGGAGCGGACGCAGUCGAGAAGGAAGAGGAGACAGUUGCCGAGGCCUUUCGGACGCAUGUGUCUCAGUUAGCGUUUUCUGCCGACGGCAAGGUGCUUAUUUGUGUCGCGGGGAUGCACCUGAAAUUCCUUGACAUGCACACUUUCAAGCCCAUCCAGAUGAUUCGCUACGCGCACCAAAGACCCAUCGACACUCUCGUCGUCCCUCCCAGUGGAGCGUUCAUCUUAACUGCUGCGCUGGAUAGCCGGCCGCAGCUCUGGCAGGUGCCGACAGCCGCCGCGUCGUCGUAGAUCUGUCUUUGCUCGGCUGUUCAGUGAGGAAGAAUAACAAGAAAUGCAAAUCUGAAUUUCGAGCGGAAUCAAAACAACAGAAGCUGUUGCUCGGGAAUGUAGAGUCCGGACAGAUGCAAGCGUCUUGACGCCAUCUGGACCAAGAGCCGUAGGAGGCUUGCGGAAAGACAUUGGGGCCGUCUGACUAGAGGAAGGCAUGGAGGCGGUGACUUUGUUCAUCAGAUUUCUUCACGUGCUCAUGUUCUGUGGUGUCUCGCCGUUUGAAUCGUUGAGUGACAU